GCUGCGUGAUUUCUUUAAUCCUCCGCCUCCGCCUCCUCGUCCUCGCCACCACUACUCCUCCCUCUCGUGAGCCCCUCGCCUCUCCCUGUCUCCCUCCCACCUCUCUCUCUCUCUCUCUCCUCUCUCUCUCUCUCUCUCUCUCUCUCUCUCUCUCUCUCUCUCCUCCUCCUCCUGCACCGCCCCGCGCCGCCCCUUGGCUUGGAUCUCGUCCUGCCGGCCGCGGGCGGACGCGGCGGCGACCCGGUCCUCUCCCCACACCCCGACACGCCGUGCGAGUAGCUGUCUGUCUAUACUUUCGAGGCCUGCAUUGGCGGGAUCUGCGUCCAUUCGUCGAGCUGCACGGAGCGGGGAGGGGCGCGGAGCUCUGAGCUGGUGCUUCUGCUUGCGUUUUUUGGGUGUCGCUGGAUCUGAGGGCCGCGCUGCUCGCCUGCUCCACGCCGGCUAACGGGGGCGGGGUUCAGGGGGUUCAGGGGGUUCUGGUGGUGGUUGGUAGCGAUUGCUGCGUGGUGGAUGGGAGUUGAGGCUUGAGGUCGAGGGGUUGGUCUCUGAGGAGCGGGGUGAUAAGGGAGAUGCGCCGGCGGCGUCGGUGGAAGCAACGGCGCGGCUACUGCCGCCACGCCGCUGCAUGGCUCGGCGACCUCCAGCAUGAACGGUGGCGGCGCCAGCGGCGGCGAUGGGUACGACAGCGACGGCUACAGCUUCGCGCCACCUACCCCGACGACUUUGUCUAUGUCCAUACCUCCGGAACUUGCUGGAGCAAUUCCACUUAUUGAUAGGUUCCAGGUAGAGGGCUUUCUGAAGGCAAUGCAAAAACAGAUCCAUUCAGCUGGAAAACGUGGUUUUUUUUCGAAGAAAUCUGUGGGACCACAUGUUCGUGAAAAGUUCACCUUGGAAGAUAUGUUGUGCUUCCAAAAGGAUCCUAUUCCAACGUCAUUGCUAAAAAUAAGUAGUGACCUUGUAAGCCGUUCAAUUAAGUUAUUCCAUGUCAUACUGAAGUACAUGGGCAUCGAUUCCCCAGCAAUAAUAAGUUUGGAUGAAAGAAUUGAACUUGUUGCAAAGCUUUACAAGCAUACUUUGAAACGUUCUGAACUGAGAGAUGAGCUCUUUGCACAGAUUUCAAAACAAACACGUAACAAUCCCGACAGGGCUUGGUUAAUAAGAGCUUGGGAGCUUAUGUAUUUAUGUGCGUCAUCCAUGCCACCAAGCAAAGAUAUUGGAGCAUACUUGUCUGAGUAUGUUCACUACAUUGCUCAUGGCGCUACAACUGAUUCUGAUGUUCGAGUUCUAGCACUUAACACACUAAAUGCACUGAAACGCUCAGUUAAGGCAGGCCCUAGGGUUACAAUUCCUGCACGGGAGGAGAUAGAGGCUCUUUUAUCCAGCCGUAAGCUUACAACAAUUGUUUUUUUCUUGGAUGAAACUUUUGAAGAGAUCACAUAUGACAUGGCAACAACUGUUGCUGAUGCUGUUGAGGAACUUGCUGGCAUUAUCAAACUUUCAGUAUAUUCUAGUUUCAGCCUUUUUGAAUGCCGAAAGGUUGUUAAUGGAUCCAAGUCUUCAGAUGUUGGCAAUGAGGAGUACAUUGGUUUAGAUGAUAACAAAUAUAUUGGUGACCUCCUAUCUGAAUUCAAGGCAGCCAAGGAUCGGAACAAAGGAGAAAUUUUACACUGCAAACUUGUAUUUAAAAAACGCCUCUUCCGUGAGUCCGAUGAGGCUAUAACUGAUCCAAUGUUUGUUCAGCUAUCUUAUGUCCAGUUACAACAUGAUUAUAUUUUAGGAAACUAUCCAGUAGGUAGGGAUGAUGCUGCACAGCUAUCUGCUCUGCAAAUAUUGGUCGAAAUUGGCUUUGUUGACAAUCCUGAGUCUUGUGUUGAAUGGAUAUCUCUUUUAGAGAGAUUUCUACCCAGACAAGUUGCAAUUACAAGAGCAAAGCGAGACUGGGAGCUUGACAUUGUCUCACGCUAUCAGUUAAUGGAACAUCUGUCAAAAGAUGAUGCAAGGCAACAGUUUCUCAGAAUCUUAAGGACUCUUCCAUAUGGGAACUCAGUUUUCUUCAGUGUCCGGAAGAUUGAUGAUCCAAUAGGACUUUUACCUGGAAGAAUCAUUCUGGGAAUAAACAAACGAGGGGUUCAUUUUUUCCGUCCGGUUCCCAAGGAAUAUCUUCAUUCUGCAGAACUGAGAGAUAUCAUGCAAUUUGGGAGCAGCAAUACCGCUGUUUUCUUUAAAAUGAGAGUCGCUGGUGUUCUUCAUAUCUUUCAGUUUGAAACUAAGCAGGGCGAGGAAAUAUGUGUAGCACUUCAGACGCAUAUCAAUGAUGUGAUGCUCCGCAGAUAUUCAAAAGCACGCUCUGCUACUAGCGCGGUUUCUCAAAACGAUGUUUCUCAAACAUAUAAACCACCGAAUAUUGAAAUAUAUGAGAAACGUGUCCAAGAACUGUCAAAAGCAGUUGAGGAAUCUGAAAGGAAAGCAGAUCUGUUGAAUGAGGAGUUACAGAAGAAGACAAAACAAGAAAGAGAUAUGCAAAAAGAAUUAGAAGGUCUGAGGGAUACCUUGCAAUCUGAACGGCAAAGCAUUAAAGAAGUAACAAAUGAUCUUGAUAAACUAAAAUCCCUUUGUGAUGAAAAGGACUCCUCUUUGCAGGCUUCACUGAUGGAGAAAACUAGACUGGAGACCAGAUUAAAAAGUGGUCAGGGCCAAGAAAGCAGUAAUAGAACAGGAGUAUCAGGAAAUCAUUUUGAGAGAGAUACUCUCCCAACUGUAGGCACUGUCAAUAAUAGCAUUGAGAUGUUAGCAAAGCUUGAGGAGGAGUUAAAAUCCUGUAAGAAGGAGCUUGAUGCAUCCAAGGAAUUAUCAAAGAAAUUAACAAUGGAAAAUAAUCUGCUUGACCAGAAGGUUCAAAGGCUUGAAAGAGCAAAAAGUGAAGAGAAAAGUAAUAUGGAAAGAGUUUAUGAGGAUGAAUGUUGCAAGCUGAAAUCUCGUAUUGCUGAAUUGGAGCAAAAACUGGAAAGCAGAACACGUUCCCUGAAUGUUACUGAAUCGACUCUUGCCUUAAGAAAUGCUGAGGUGGAUACAUUGCAAAACAGUCUCAAAGAACUUGACGAGUUACGAGAGUUCAAAGCGGAUGUGGACAGAAAAAACCAACAGACUGCUGAGAUUCUUAAAAGGCAAGGAGCACAAUUGAUUGAGCUUGAAAAUCUUUAUAAGCAAGAGCAGGUUCUGAGAAAGCGUUAUUAUAACACAAUUGAAGAUAUGAAGGGAAAAAUAAGAGUUUUUUGUCGUCUGCGUCCUCUAAAUGAUAAGGAGCUCAUUGAAAAGGACAAGAAUAUUGUUUGCAGCCCUGAUGAGUUUACAGUUGCACAUCCAUGGAAAGAUGACAAGUCAAAACAACAUAUAUAUGACCGUGUUUUUGAUGCUAACACUACCCAAGAAGAAGUAUUUGAGGACACGAAGUAUCUAGUUCAAUCGGCCGUUGAUGGAUAUAAUGUUUGUAUAUUUGCUUAUGGGCAAACUGGUUCUGGAAAAACUUUUACAAUUUAUGGAUCUGAAAACAAUCCUGGUCUUACCCCAAGGGCUACCUCUGAACUUUUUAGGGUGAUAAAGCGUGAUGGUCACAAAUAUUCAUUUUCUUUGAAGGCAUAUAUGGUUGAGCUUUAUCAGGAUAAUCUUGUGGACCUGUUGUUGGCCAAAAACGCAACACACCAAAAAUUGGAAAUAAAAAAGGAUUCCAAGGGGGUUGUUACUGUUGAAAAUGUGACAGUUGUGAACAUUUCAAGUUUUGAAGAACUGAGGGCUAUAAUUUUAAGAGGUUCCGAGAGAAGACACACCGCUGGAACAAAUAUGAAUGUUGAGAGCUCAAGGUCUCAUUUAAUUCUUUCAAUCAUUAUUGAAAGUACCAACCUCCAGACUCAAUCUUAUGCAAGAGGAAAGCUAAGUUUCGUGGACCUUGCUGGUUCUGAGAGGGUGAAAAAGUCCGGCUCAGCAGGAAAACAACUGAAAGAAGCUCAAAGCAUCAAUAAGUCUCUUUCUGCAUUGGCUGAUGUGAUUGGGGCUUUAUCUUCUGAUGGACAACAUAUACCUUAUCGGAACCAUAAGUUGACAAUGCUGAUGAGUGAUUCUCUUGGAGGCAAUGCGAAAACCUUGAUGUUUGUGAAUGUCUCACCAGCAGAGUCCAACCUGGAGGAGACUUACAAUUCACUCAUGUAUGCUUCACGAGUGCGUUGCAUUGUCAAUGAUACGAGCAAGCAUGUUGCCCCAAAGGAAAUCAUGAGGUUGAAGAAGUUAAUUGCUUAUUGGAAGGAGCAAGCUGGCAAGCGUAGUGAAGACGACGACCUGGAGGAAAUACAGGAAGAGAGGACACCAAAGGAGAAAGCAGAUAAUCGCUUGACUAGCUGAGAACAAGGUACCAUCAGAAUUCUAUGCCCCUGGUUGCAUCCUUGCACCGUCUGCAGAGGUGACUGAUGUUGAUGAUCAUUUUCGACUCGCCGACGCCGACGUGUUCACCAAUCACCCGCUAACAGAACCUUCCGGUAUGACCUAACAAUGUUGUACACCAAUUGUAUAGUAACAGAUUAUAUUAUGGCAAUGAUGCCUCUUGUACAAAGGGAACCGUAGCACACAUUCAUAGGAGAAUCAGAUGGUGGAAGAGUUAUUAGAACUAAGCUCCUUUUUGUCCCCUGAACAUUGGUGUGCCACGACUACUGCUUCUGCUCACUUCUAUAGCAGUGUAGCAAAUGUUUGUGGCAUCAGAUGGACUAGCGGAUGGUGAUUUCCACGUUAUCGUUCGAUAAAAUGUUCCUAUCAGUUGCUAAUUA